AGAAUCAAUCAUUUCUUUUCCAAUAAUCACAACUUCUGAAAAGAAUAUACAUCUUGGAACACCUGAUAACUUGUCAGUCAGUUGUUUUACACUUCUCCGGUGCUUCCAGCUCGACGUCUAAGACGAACUGGCGAAACUAUAGCUCCGUACCCCGCUUACGAUAGCUGAUAAUCACUAACUAGAGCUCCUACCGCGAAAGUCACCUCACAUAUUUGAGACUGAUAAAUCAAAAUGGACGACAUCGACGAACCCACUGGCCCUAGCCGCGAAGAGACUGCCAAGCGAGAACAAGAAGAAAAAGAGCGCAAGGCAAAGGAAGAAGCUGAACAGGCACAGUUACCCUACAAAUGGACACAGACUAUCGUGGAAGCAGAAGUCUCAAUCCCCGUGCCUGCUACGAUCAAGGGGAGAGAUCUGGAUGUCGUUCUCACAAAGACGAAGAUUAAGGUUGGAUUGAAGGGGCAGGCGCCGAUAAUCGAGGGCGACUUCCCACACCCAAUUCACGCGGAUGAUUCUACAUGGACCCUCGAAACCAUCCCCACAGGCAAACAAGUCACCGUCCACCUCGAUAAAGUGAACAAGAUGGAAUGGUGGCCGCACAUCGUGACCAGCGCACCCAAAAUCGACGUCACAAAGAUCACACCCGAGAACUCGUCAUUGAGUGAUUUGGAUGGCGAAACGAGGGCGAUGGUGGAGAAGAUGAUGUUUGAUCAGAGGCAAAAGGAAAUGGGGAAGCCGACGAGUGAUGAGCAGAGAAAGAUGGAUUUGUUCAAGAAGUUUCAGGAGGAGCAUCCUGAAAUGGACUUUUCGAAUGCAAAGAUUGGUUGAUUGAGUGCAUGGUCAUGGUUUAUGAGUAUUUACGAGGAGUGUCACGGUUCGUUGCUUUGUAUGGAUAGUGUUUUAUAUUUCUAGUUAUGGAGGGAGUGUGAAUACUACCAUUAUCUUGACACAAACAAGAUAUAUAUCCAAGCGCAGCUCAAAAAACUGGAAACUUAUAUCAAGUGAUAUUAUAGAACGCCCAAGGGU